UAAAUCCUAGUGAAAUAUAAUGGUUCCCACAACACAAGUUUCUCCAACUCUCUCCCGCCUCCUUUGCCUAACUUUUUGGAUACUUCCGUUGUGUUGCUCUGCCUUCAAUUCCCAUGAUUAUGCUAGUGCUCUAGAGAAAUCCAUUCUCUUCUUUGAAGGCCAACGAUCAGGAAAAUUACCUUCUGAUCAGCGCCUCACAUGGAGGGGCGAUUCUGGGCUAUCCGAUGGCUCCUCUUAUCAUGUGGAUCUGCUAGGUGGAUAUUACGAUGCAGGAGAUAAUGUCAAGUUUGGUCUGCCCAUGGCCUUCACGACAACAAUGCUAGCAUGGAGUGUCAUCGAAUUUGGUAGCUCCAUGAAGGAUCAGAUUCACAAUGCUCAAGCUGCCCUACGCUGGAGCACAGAUUAUCUUCUGAAAGCAUCAACCGCCACCCCAGCCACCUUAUACGUUCAGGUUGGAGAACCCAACAUGGAUCACCGGUGCUGGGAGAGGCCUGAAGACAUGGAUACACCUCGUAACGUAUACAAGGUUUCUACGCAAAAUCCAGGCUCUGAUGUUGCAGGAGAGACUGCAGCUGCAUUGGCUGCUGCUUCUAUUGUGUUCAAAGAUUCGGAUCCUUCCUACUCCACCAAGUUGUUUAAAACCGCCAUUACGGUCUUCGACUUUGCAGACAAAUACAGGGGAUCUUACAGUGACUCUCUCAGUUCUGUAGUGUGCCCGUUUUACUGCUCUUACUCUGGAUACCAUGAUGAGCUUCUAUGGGGUGCUUCAUGGAUCCAUAGGGCCUCACCAAACAGUUCUUACUUGGCGUACAUAGAAUCCAAUGGCCACACACUUGGUGCAGACGAUGACGACUACUCAUUCAGUUGGGAUGACAAGCGAGUCGGCACCAAAAUCCUUCUCUCCAAGGACUUCCUGGACAAGAGUUUGAAAGAAUUUCAGUCAUAUAAAGUACACACAGACAACUACAUCUGCUCUCUGAUUCCUGGAACAUCCAGUUUCCAGGCCCAAUAUACACCAGGGGGACUUCUCUACAAAGGAAGCCAAAGUAAUCUCCAAUACGGAACCUCCACAGCUUUCCUCCUCUUGACAUAUGCGAAGUAUCUGAAUUCAAAUGGGGGAGUUGCGUCGUGUGGAUCUUCAACAGUCACAGCUGCAAACCUCAUCUCGCUUGCCAAGAAGCAGGUGGACUACAUUUUGGGACAGAACCCAGCAAAGAUGUCAUACAUGGUGGGGUUCGGUGAGAGGUAUCCGCAGCAUGUUCAUCACAGGGGUUCCUCCGUGCCGUCUGUUCACGCACACCCUCAACAUAUCUCCUGCAACGAUGGGUUCCAGUAUCUCUACUCGAACUCGCCCAAUCCAAACAUUCUCGUUGGGGCAGUAUUAGGUGGUCCUGAUUAUAAAGACAGUUUCUCCGAUGACAGGAACAACUACCAGCAGUCUGAACCAGCCACUUAUAUUAAUGCCCCACUCGUUGGUGCUCUUGCAUUCUUUGCAGCAACACCGACCACAAACUCUGUCUGAA